UGAGAGUUUUUUGAACUUCCUGUGCAUCAUGGGUACCUUGUCCGGAAGCCUUCAACGACCUCUAUUCACAGCUGCUGCUGUUGCCGUGGCAUCUGUUUCAACUGAUCUUCCGAACAAGUUAACGGAUACCAAACAAUCUGAUCCUUCUGUUGCCUCAGAAACAUUGGCUUCAUCAUCAUAUUCAUCACCCCAUGACUCAGCUUACAGUUCAGGAUUGUCAUGGGUGUCUAACAUUUCAGUUUCCAAGCUUGCAAGGUUGUCGUUUGUGACCAGAAUCCGGGUGCCAGUGCCUAAUAUAAACUAUCAUCCAAUACCAAAUUCAAGCUGCAGUUUUGCUGGAAAUUCAGUGGGUUCAUCUCCCAUUUUGGUUAACCUUUACCAGUCUGCUGAGUUAGCCAAGGCCUCGAAACCCAAAACAUAUUCUUAUCCUAGUCCAAGCGUGCCAUCCUCAGACUUAUACAGGUGGCAUUUGCCUGAGCCUAGUACUGUUGAUGUUGCUGGAAAGUCAGAUUGCUCUUCUGCAAAAUCUAGGACAGUGGUGGUUUUGCUGGGAUGGUUGGGAGAAAAGAAGAAGCAUUUGAGUAAAUAUGCAGAAUGGUAUACUUCAAAAGGCUUUCAUGUAAUCACCUUCACUUUUCCAAUGUCUGAGGUUCUCAGCUACCAGGUUGUUGGGAAAGUUGAGCAGGAUGUUGAGUUGCUUGUAAACCAUCUUGCUGACUGGCUAGAAGAGGAGCAUGGCAAGAACCUUGUUUUCCACACCUUCAGUAACACGGGUUGGUUAACAUACGGAGUUGCUCUGGAGAAGUUUCAUAAGCAGGACCCUUCUUUAAUAGGGAGAAUUAAAGGUUGUAUCGUGGAUUCAGCUCCAGUUGCAUCCCCAGAUCCUCAGUAUUUGGAAUUGUUGCUUGUAAUUCUAUCUGUAUGUUUUUCGGCAUUUAUCUUAUCAAUUACUCUGUAUCCUUAA